AUGGAUCCUUUUAAGGACUUCUACAGUAUUCUUAGUGGUUUCGGUGUGUUUUUCAUGUUUGUGAUUGUUGUCAUCAACUACGCCAUGAUUUAUCGUUUCGUGACCAGACACAGCAGGAAAAUGGAAGCAGUCAAAAGGGAAUCCACUUCGUCACCAAAGUGUGAAGACGAGGCGACACAAAUAACCCAAAAUUCACAGAGCGAAGACAGUGUAUCUGCUCCUGUGACGAGAAAUCAAGAGUGUACAGAUAAGAAGAAGGAGGACCGUGUGAUCAAGAAUCAGACGGUCUUGGUCACCAAGCGACUCGCCGUCAUCAUUUUGGCUUUCUUCUUUUGUUCCAUGCCAUUCGGUAUCAGCAUUCUUGUGACACCUCUGCGACCAGUAGUUCCGUGGACAUUCCCCGUCUUCUUUCUCAGCAACUGCAUUAAUCCAUUGAUCUAUGCUGGGACCAUGCCCGCCUUCCGCGAGGUGAUGGGGUGCAUCAUCCGCUGUCGCUAUGACAACAUCCCAGCUUCCGUGAAUUUCCUAAGGCGCAAGGAAAAGUGA